CCAGGCUGCCCAGAGCCACAUCCAGCCUGGCCUUGAAUGCCUGCAGGGAUGGGGCAUCCACAGCCUCCUUGUCUUAUGCCACCAUUGCAGAAGUUCUGAACGUGGCGGUUUUUCUGAGGUAAGUAGAAACAGGAGGGUGAACAGCUGUUUACAGGGGUGGAUAGUGAUAGGACAAGGGGGAAUGGUUUUAUACUGAGACAGGGGAGGUUUAGGUUAGAUAUUAGGAAGAAGUUCUUCACUCAGAGGGUGGUGACACACUGGAGCAGGUUUCCCAAGGAGGGCACAGGAGGCUUUGUGCCUUCCUUGCAUCCUCGUCCUUCCUGGGAAUAGGUUCUGCAGCACAGCACUGAGUGUUUUGUUCACCUUUUGCAAGAAAACGGUAGGAGAAGGGCUGCUGUGUGACUGUGAGAUGGCACACGAAUGGAAAGAGAGUGCAGGAUGGGUUUCUGUGCAGACUGCAUCACACUCUGAGCACACACAGCCCAUGCAGCAGCUUUCUUUUCUGAGCUGAAAUAAAUAGGAGUAUGUGUUGGGAUUUUUUUGACACAACUGUGUCAAGAAACCAAGAGAUAGCAGCUUAUGAAUGACAAUGCUGCUUUGGACUUAAUACCAGGAUCAGCUGCCUGGUUUAGAGUGAGCUCGUGAUAUUGGUGUCUGAUCUUAUAAAUGGAUUAAAGUCACACAGCCGCCGUGCCUGUUUAUGAGUCCUCCAGCACAAUAGCAGAUAGCUGUAAUCCAUACAUUAAUGUGCAUUGCAGUCACCUUGCAAGGACUGUAUUGUACAAACAAACACUGCAAGCCCCUCAAAAACCAAAGUAGUUUAACUGAGCAGAGCUGAGGCAAAGCCUGUGUCUCCUUGCUUCAGACCUGUGCAGUGAGCCCAGGUUUGAUUCUUCCUUCAUUUACGCAGCAGACAGUGAAAGCAGCUCUGUGUUACUCAUGCUAUUAAAUGCUUGCUAGUGGCUGCAAACGCUUUCUUUUGAAAUGUGUUGGUAUGGUUUCGUUACAAGCUCUGAAAGUUCAUUUCAAUCUGUGCCUGUGCUGAUGAGGUUCCUGGAGGUGAGGCUGGGCUUCUGGUAAUUGUUUUAGUUCAGCCUUGCAAAAUAUUGCUUGCCCGAGGUGAGUAAUAUUUUUUGAUGGGUAAGUAAAAGAUCAUCAGUCACCGUCAUAGCCCGGGACAGGCAACCAAUUUUUAUCUGAAAUGGUAAGUUUUCAAAGCUGUUCCAGAAACAGGAUUAGCUGUGCCUUGUGAGAACUCAUUAAGUUUUUUUUCUCCUGUUCAAAUUGCGGUUCAGUUCUCCACUAAUGUCAUAAGAAUGAAUGACAGAUAUAAUAUAGUGGCUGUUACCUAACUGUGCUGAAUUUUACAGGAAAAGGGAUGCUCAGAGCUCUGAAUCCUGGCUUGUUGGUGUGCAUAUAUAUUACACUGAAUGAAAUGCCCAGCUUUGCUAGGUUUCCCAUUCUGUUUCAGGGAGGAAGGGUGAUUUGUAAGUUGGUUAUUCCCAGAACAGCACAAUAUCAAAUACUUUCCCUGAUGCCAGCUGCUUCUUGAAUGGAAUUUCACCUCCUACUGUAUGGAGGCUUAGCCAGAAGGGCUGUGAACCUGAGAUUGUUUUUUACUUGAUUUACAGCCCUUGGGUUUAUUACAUCAUUGUGUUUCUCACAUUUUACCCUCGUAUAAAGACACCAAAAUCCUGGUGUCAUUGGCAGUCAAGCUGGACAGCACGUGAAAUGGAAUUUUUGUUGAAAUAUCUCUCUUCCCAUUAGAUCUGAUGGUGUAUAGGGAAAAAUAAUGAAGCCCAAUUGACUCAUUCAGCCUCCAUGCUUUUAUUUGUUUGUAUGAACUUGUGCCUUUUUUCCUGUAUUCUUUUUUUUUCCCCUCCCAAUGAAGGCAAGAUGGAUGUUAAAAGCUACAGCUGGUUUUCUGCAGUAACGAUGAAGCAGUUUCCCAAGGCUGCACUGAGGUUCAGUAACAGAAACGAGAUCAAAACCUGAGUAUUUCUGGCUUCCUCUUCCUGCAGAUUUCAAAUCUAAAGAUAAAGCACAGAGGUCUGGGUGGUAGCAUAUUAAUUAUGAACCGUUUUCUCUGCCAGCGUGCCAGUCGUUUAUCAUUUCAUACAUCUGAAUCUCCAGCUUGGAUCUGGAUGACUCAUCAUCGCUUUGCUAUAUCUUCUAAUAAAAUUUCUCAGUCUUAUCAUGUUAAAAAUGAAAAGCAAUCGCAAAUAGGGACAAAUCAGAAACGUUUGUGCUUGACUGUGGCUCUUCAGAAUGCUUCAAGUUAGUUUCUGCUGCCUUUCUAAUUGCACAGUUUGCUUCCUUUUAUUGGGCUAUCUUGGUUUUAUUGUAGAUUGUCCUGGUAGGGAGUCCUAUAAGAACGGUAAUUUCUUCAUUGCAUUUUUCUAGGGCUUUUAAUAGAUUUAUAAAGCACAGGAGAUGGAAAAGGCCCAUUAUCAUAUUGGGCCUUCUCCAGAUAGCCCAAGAUUGUUUCGUGUAUUAUACUUCUUGACAGCAGUUUAAUUACUUCUGUGGUUUAAUUACAUUGGCCCAAGCUCUGUCCGAGCACUUUCCAAACCCCUUCCCCAAAGGGAGCCCUGCAGACAGCCUUGAUGUUGCAGCUUUUUUAUUUUUAGAGCCUGAGCACAAAUAAUAACAAAAAGUGAUGGUUUUGUCCUUGCUGAAAUUGAAGCAUGGACCACAAACGAGCGUUUCUAGGUGGACGAGGGCACAUCAGAGAUUAAUGCCUGGGGUGCCUCUGGCUGCAGUCAUUGGAUGGCACCCAGCCUGAGCUUUGGGCUGGGGGCAGCAGUUCUGUUUGCAUCACCAAGGACACCGGGUAGCACCUGUGGUGCCACUGAAACCGAAGGCAGUUGGGCUGGAUGCUGCAUCUCAGCCUUGCUUUGUUGGCUCCCGUUUGCACUGUUGUGGCUCAACCUGAGCAGAGCAUGUGCUGCUCUGCUGCAUGGGCAGGAUUUUUUCUUUCUUAAAAUUCAAUAAAGAGCCCAAAGACUAAGCAGAAAGAUGGAACAGAAUGUCCUGGAGAGCAGCACCAUCAGCAUCCCGACAGCAGACCACGAUUUGCUGAGUGCCUUAGACUGGAAAGACGGCAUUGGUACCUUACCCAGUAGCAGCAUACAAUACUUUUUAAAUGAGUUUGGAAUGCUAGAAAUCAUUACUGAAGCAGAAAAAGCAGAAGCCUUAGAAACUCUUUCAGCUUCAGCAAUAAAUGCCAGUCCAGCCAGCUUUGCUCCUGCUGCUAUCAACGCUCCUGCUGCCUUUAGCACUGCUUUGGAAGUGCCCAAAGACGACGUGCCCUGUUCUGAUUUCCUGACUUGCAAGCAAAUGGAUUGCUUUGAGAAUGGGAAGUUUUGUGCUCAAACAGGCUCACAGCAUCACAGGGACAGUGAUACCAAAGAAAUUCCAGAUGGUUGCAGAAACAGGGGAAAUGGUAGAAAUCUUAAUGCCAGCAUUGGCUGUCAGGUAAAUGAGGCUGACAGACCUGUGAAACGACUCAGAAGAAAGAGAAGAUUGCUUUUGGAGUCUGAGGAUGAUGAGGAAAAUGCGUAUGAGGAUGAGGAGAAGAAUAAAUCAAAUAAUAUGAAAAGCCGCAGAAACAGUAAACCAAUAAAACAAGUUGUUCCUGCAAAGAAGAAGGUGUGGAACUGGAUUUCCUACUUAGAAGAGGAACGGAUGCCAGCUGCUCCCCUCAAGCUGUUCAGAGAGUCUCAGUCAUUCCCACAAGGCCGAAAUGGAUUUAAAGUUGGAAUGAAAUUAGAAGGGCUGGAUCCUGAGCACCCCUCUCGAUUCUGUGUUCUUACAGUGGCAGAGGUACAAGGAUACAGAAUGCGAUUACAUUUUGACGGCUAUCCGGAGUGCUACGACUUCUGGGUUAAUGCUGAUUCCUCAGACAUCCAUCCUGUUGGCUGGUGUGAAAAAACAAAUCAUAAGCUGCUCCCUCCUAAAGGUUUCAAGGAGGGAGAAUUUAAUUGGACUUCCUAUCUGAAGAACUGCAAAGCUCAAGCAGCUCCGAAAAGCCUUUUUAAGACCCUCAGCACUCCUGUCACACCAUCUGGUUUUCGUCUGGGAAUGAAACUAGAGGCAGUGGACAAGAAGCAUCCAUCACUGAUGUGUGUUGCAACCAUCAGUGACAUGGUGGAUAACCGCCUGCUAAUUCAUUUUGAUAACUGGGAUGAGACUUACGACUACUGGUGUGAAUCUAGCAGCCCAUAUAUUCGUCCUGUUGGCUACUGCCAAGAAACUGGAACCCCACUGACAACACCACCUGGAUACAAGGAUCCCAAAGCCUUCUCAUGGGAGAAAUAUUUGGUAGAGACCAACUCGCAGGCAGCCCCAGCAAGAGCAUUCAAACUGCGUCCUGCUCACGGAUUUCAAGUAAAUAUGAAGUUGGAGGCUGUAGACAAAAGAAAUCCCAUCUUGAUAAGAGUGGCAACCAUAAGUGACAGAGAUGACCAUCGUAUUAAGAUACAUUUUGAUGGCUGGGACUGUAACUAUGAUUUCUGGGUCGAUGCAGACAGCCCUGAUGUUCAUCCAGUAGGCUGGUGUGCAAAAACUGGACACGCUUUGCAAGUCCCUCUAGGUGCUGUUGAUCCUGUGGGGACAGUGGGACAAACGUGUCCCACUCCAGGCUGUCAUGGGAUUGGUCAUGUCAGGGGGCCACGAUAUGGAACACAUUAUACAUUAGUUGGCUGCCCAUAUUCUGAUGUGAACCUCAACAAAGAAAACGUGUUACAGGACCGCCUGGGUGGGGAGAGGCCUUCCCCCAGCAGCAGCCUACAGAAAGCAAAGAGGCUGGAGACCCCUGCCCAAGUUCUGCUCAGAGCAGGAGAGUCUUCUCAGGAGGACUCUCCACAAUCCAGGAAAUCUGCACAAGAGAGUGAAAAGUCAUGUCCAAGCAGCAUUCAGAGUCCAUCAGAGCAGUCUGAAAGCAAUGAAGCAAAAGACAGGAUAGAAGAGAAACCCUCUGGAAACAUCAAAGCCAAACCCAAAAAGCUUGGAUGCUCACAUGCCUACAUAAAGUUGCAGCUGGUGAAACAGGAAAACAACGGGAAAGACCUCGAUUUCAACCUCCAGCAGGCCCUCCACCAGUCCAUCUUCAUGCCUGCCCUGGACUCUAACCCCAGCCACCGCCUCCAUCUCUGCUGGGAGCAGCACUGCAGGCUCUUGCCGGAGGUCUCAGGCCUCACAGCCAAACAUGUGUCUAAGUGGACUGUGGAAGAGGUGGUGAACUUUAUCCAGCGUUUACCUGGUUGCAAAGAACAAGCAGCUGUGUUCAGGGAAGAGCAGAUAGAUGGUGAGGCCUUCCUGCUCCUGAACCAGAAUGACUUGGUUAAAAUACUCAAUAUCAAACUGGGUCCUGCCCUGAAGGUCUACAAUGCCAUUCUCAUGCUCAAGUCUGCAGAAGAAGAGUGAGAAGAGCCCUUCCCUGGAGCCCAGGAGGAACUGACAGGGAGCAGAUCUUCACUGAGAGCAUUACAGCAUGCCCAUGAGGCAGGCUGCAACUCAGAUAUAUUUUAAGUAGAACUUAUUAAAAAAUAUUUUUAGGACAUAAAAAUCCUGCCACAGUCUGGAAUAUGGGGCAGCUUCACUUCCAAGAAGAGGUUAUUAUAUUUUGUAAUUGAAUUUGGUUUUGAUAUAUCAAUCUCUUUUUGAGAUCUAGAAGAAACCUCCGGUUAUAAGGGGAAUCCAGGGUAACAGUGGUGGAGCUGCAAUAGCAAGAAGACAGAUGUGAGUACAAAGUCUGCUGUGUCCCAUGAGAGUGCCUGAAAGAGACUGAGUUAUCACCAGCAUGCUUAACAGAUGUGUGUAUGAGAGCUCGGAAGAAGAGAGAGUAAGAAAAUGGGUGAGCUUCAGAGCAGCUCAUCUGUAUCCUUCAGUGCUGUGAUUCGGGAGCUGACCUUUCCACAACUGAUUUUUAAGUUCCAGUUUCUCGUGCUGAUAUUGGUUGUUCUAAACCCCAUUGUUGGUUACUGGGCUGCUUCCACCACAACUGUAGUGCACCAUGGGCAAAGAGUUUCCAUCAGUGGUGGCUCUGAUAACAAGCAAACCUUUGUCGUUUGUGCUGCCAGGCAGUUGGAAGAAGGCCCUGUUUGGAUAGAUUUUGGGUAGGCAAAGAUCUCUCCUGUAGUUAUCUCCCACAGGACACAAAUAUUCUAUCUGUAUUUCUCCCACCAGUGCUUUUGUGCAACUGCUAUCUGGACUAUGAUCAUCUUAUGGCAAAAUAACACAGUCAGGAGCACCUGGUAGUGUGAUGAGUUUGUCCAGGCUGCCUUCACAGCCAACCAAAUGCCAGGAAUGGGAGCUGAAAACCCCACAGUGAACAGCAUAUGCAUACAGAUGCACACAGAGUUCCUAGAAACAAUUUCCUUUUAUUUUCAAACCUGUUCAAAACCUGUGAACGCUUCAGUGCUUCGGCAUAUUCAGCCUGCAGGUGGACAUUGGUCCUCAGCAUCUCUGGCAGUGAGAUGGGAAGAGCACAUGGGCAGGUUUGCCUGGAGGGGAAUCAGUCUGAACAGCCAGCAAAGCAAGGUGAGAAGUGCUUCUCAAAAGAGAUUUGCUGGUCUGUGUCAGGGAGAAAGCAAAGCUUGUGGCUCUGUUCCUGCAUGUGCAGGUGGCAACCUGUGCUUACAUGGCAGAGGGGUGUGCUGGUAUUUCUGCUGUGCUGGAAUUCUGAGUGUGCUUCUAUGAACAUGUAGCAGUCCCUGAUCUCUCCACGUCCUUCCCAGCACCUGAGAAGGUCCUCAUAACAUUCUUAAGAUAGUAAGUUUCUUAAAACUGUAAAUAGAGUAGAAUCCAUGCUGCUGAAUACAUUUGGUCCUGGAUUAAUCGUAUAUAGAGCAAUUUAUCUCCAUGCCUUCUAUUUUUGUAUAAAACAUUAAGGAUUUUUAGCCUUCCACUGCGAAGACAUAGGAGUGGUGGGGUAUUUAGUAGCUGAAACAUCAAUUAUCAGCCAUGCAACUGCAGGGGAGUCUUGUAUUUUAAUGCAGCGACAGGGAUGAGACGACAUCAGUUUAUUUAAGUGAAUUUAUGGUGUCAUAACCAGGAUGUUCAGCAGAGUCCCAUUCCUUUGUCCCACUCUUUGCAUCCCAGAUCUCUGUGAAGCCUCGAGUGACACAUCCUGGGCUCUGACACAGCUCACCUUCCAGGCAAAGCAGAGCUGUUUUGUGACAACUAGAGCAGAGGAUUGUUAGCUGGCCUGUUCUGUUCCUGGCUAAAUAACCUCAGCCUUUCUGUGCUCUGUUUUCCUCCUCUGUAACAGCCAGCCAGCUGGAAUGUGUGCAAUUCUACCUUGUUCUUGUUUGUAGUCAGCACGUCCUGCUGAAUCUUCUGUUUCACCUCCUUCCUUUGGGAAACUGCAUUGAGGGACAGCAGAUUGCUUCCAGCAAUAAAACUAAAUGUAAUAUUAUUUCAUCUCCUUGACUAUAUAUAGACAGAGGAUGAAGAGAAUUGGUGAAGCAAGCAAUGAGAUUCUAGUCACUGAAAUUACUCAAACAGAAGAGAGAUCUUAAAUCCUAGAGGCUUCCAAGCCAGCUGGAUCAAGGAUGAAAAUGUGUACUUGGAGUUUGUUCAGUGACAGCAGUAGUAGUGCUCGGAGUGAGGAGGAAGGAGGAAACCUUUUAGGGAUAGAAGAAGGAGGAAUGUGUGCUGCUUGUGCCUUUUUUUGUAAUCCAGUAAUUGUCUUUGCAGAGCAAGCAAGAAUGUGCACUCAUCUAUUGCUGGGUCUCUUUCCAAAUAUAGCUAGAUUCUCAUAAAAUCAGACAACUUCACAGUACUGCAGCGAUUCCCAGUGUCUCCAUGGGCACACAGAAAAUUCCCUAAUUCUUACAAGACUAAGAAAAACCAAAACAAGUCCUCUUUGAGCCCCAGCUUUGCUGCUUGCCUUAGGAACUCAGUGACUGCUGAUGGCAUCUCGCUUACAUCAGGGAGCUCCGCUUUCACGUGCGGCCCAGCAGCUUGGUUCUGUAGCCAGGCUCUGCCUUUUCCCAGCCCUGAUCACGUUCUGUGCCUAGGCAAGGGGUCUGCAGAUGCCUUUGAUUGCAUAACGCCUUGUUGUCUAAUUUGAAACAUGCACUUUGAAGCAGAAAGCCAAAAGUCGUAGCUCUGUGUUGCACGAAGCUGAAAACUGGUCAAUGCCAACCUGGUGGAGGAGGCUCUCAGUCUGCAAAGCACAAGCCUGCUGCUGCCCCAGCUGAACCCAGCAGUCACUUGGAAGUGCAUUACUUAAAGCCACCCAGGGCUGUGACAGCUUCCCAAGGCCCAGCAGUGCAAUUGAGAGCUCUGCUGUCUCAGUGGAAACGGAUCUUAUUUCCUGAGUGUGUUUCAGAGAUCCAAAAUGACCAAAUGUUUCUCCUUUCUUCUGCUGUUAACUGCACCGGUAAAAUGUUUUCCUGUACCAUCCCCAAUGAUCUGCAGUGUAAUCCAGGAGGAGCAGAUUUCAGCUCUGGGUAACGCAUUAAAGUCAGACAGAAACGCUCAGCACCGCUCAUCACAAAGUUCUCCGACCAAAGGAAAGAUUCUCAACCCAGGGGAUAAGCGAGUUCAGCUGUGGAAGAUUUCCUGCCUGCUACUUUCAUGCCCUGCGCGGGGAUUUAUGCCACAGAAAGCUUUAAAGUUUCUGACAUUCUCUCCGUCAUGUGAUAAGAGCUUAUUUUUGAGAUUCCUAUUACUUGAACUGGAAAUGUGCACAGGGAAGGGAGCGCACGCCCGUCGUCUCCAUUCAGCCUCAGAAAUGUUUGCCUGCAUUAAAGCAAACAAAUACUUGAGCUUUCUGCCGCUAGCUGUGAUGCUGCACUCCACCACUGCUUUCUCCUGGAAACGAGAAUAAAAUUAAUAUAAGUUCA